AUGAAGGAUGAGGAGCCCUCUCCAGCCCAGCAGGAGGCUGCGGCUGAGCAUGAACAGACCACCGAGGAGGCAGAACCUUCUGCGGCCCAGCAGGAGGCUGCGGCUGAGCAUGAACAGACCACCGAGGAGGCAGAACCUUCUGCAGUGCAGCAGGAGGCUGCGGCUGAGCAUGCACAGACCAACGAGGAGGAAGAAACUUCUGCGGCCCAGCAGGAGGCUGCAGCUGAGCAUGCACAGACCACCGAGGAGGCAGAACCUUCUGCGGCCCAGCAGGAGGCUGCGGCUGAGCAUGAACAGACCACCGAGGAGGCAGAACCUUCUGCAGUGCAGCAGGAGGCUGCGGCUGAGCAUGCACAGACCAACGAGGAGGAAGAACCUUCUGCGGCCCAGCAGGAGGCUGCAGCUGAGCAUGCACAGACCACCGAGGAGGCAGAACCUUCUGCGGCCCAGCAGGAGGCUGCGGCUGAGCAUGAACAGACCACCGAGGAGGCAGAACCUUCUGCAGUGCAGCAGGAGGCUGCGGCUGAGCAUGCACAGACCAACGAGGAGGAAGAACCUUCUGUGGCCCAGCAGGAGGCUGCAGCUGAGCAUGCACAGACCACCGAGGAGGCAGAACCUUCUGCAGCCCAGCAGGAGGCUGCGGCUGAGCAUGAACAGACCACCGAGGAGGCAGAACCUUCUGCAGUGCAGCAGGAGGCUGCGGCUGAGCAUGCACAGACCAACGAGGAGGAAGAACCUUCUGCGGCCCAGCAGGAGGCUGCGGCUGAGCAUGCACAGACCACCGAGGAGGCAGAACCUUCUGCAGUGCAGCAGGAGGCCCCAGCUCUGCCUCCAGAGCCCCCUGUGGGUGCUGAACCUCCAACAGUCCAGCAGGAGCACCCAACCCAGCCUCUAGCACCCUCUGUGGAAGACUCAAUUCAUCUUCCAUUGGAUGAUGAGAUGACAUUUUCACCUCUAGAUCUCCCUUAUAUAUUCAGAAGUCAUGAUUCAACACUGCCUAGUACAACAGUUACACAUGUGGAUGUGGAGCUCACCAUGACUACUCCAGAGCCUAGUGCAGAGGUUGAACCUUCUCCACUCCAGCAGGAGGGCCCUGCUAAGCCUUCAGUUCCCAUUGAGCAGGUUGAAUUUUAUCCAAUCCAAUCCCAUCCUUAUUCCCAAACUCCAGAUUCCCUUGAAAACAUUGAAUUUGAUGUAGCCCAGCAAGAGGCCACAGCUCAGAGUCCAGAUCCUCUUAAGGAGGUAGGCCUUUCUCCAGUGCAACAGGAGGCCCCUGCUGGGCCACCAGAGCCCUCUAAGGAGGUUGAACCAUCCCACCAGGAGACUCCAGGUCUGCAACUAGAACCCCCUAAAGAGGCCGAACCUUCUCCAGUCCCCCAGGAGGCUGCAGCUCCACCCUCAGAGCCACCUAAGGAGGUAGAACCUUCUCCAGCUCAGCAGGUGGCCCCAUCUCAACCUGCAGAACUCCCUGAGAAGGUAGAACCAUCUCCAGUCUAUCACGAGGCCCUUCCUCAGCCUCCAGGUCCCCCAGAGGAGGCAGAACCUUCUCCAGUUCUGCAGGAGGUCCCAGCUCAGGCUGCAGAGCCCUCUGUGGUGGUGGAAUCCUCCCCGACACAGCAGUUGGCCCCAGCUCAGCCUCCAGAGCCAUCUAAGGAAGUUGUAGGUCAACCUCCAAUGAAUUAUGAGAUGACGGUUCCAGCACCAAGUCAGGAUCAAGGUCCGAAUCCAACGUCCAGUAUCACAGUUCAACCUUCGGAUGUGGAGGUUACCAUAACUCCAGAACUCAGUGUGGAGGCUGAACAUUCUACAGCACUGAAGAAGACUACAGCUCCACAUCCACACCAGGCCCAGACUCAGCAUCCAAAGUUGACGCAAGUCACAGUUAAACCUUUGGACCUGGAACUUACCACAACUACAGAACAUACCACAGAGCUGAAACCUUCUCCCACCAGGCAGGAGACCACAGCUCAGCCUCCAGACCUGGAGCUUACUGUAACUUCAGUAUCUACUACAGAGGCUGAGUACUCUACAGCCCUGGAGAAGAGCACAGCUCCACAUCCACAGCAGGUGCAGACUCAGCAUCCGAACCUGACUCCAGUCACAGCCCAACCUUUGGAUGUGGAACUUACUACAACUCAGCAUCCAUUGGUGUCUUCUGAAAACUACACCCCAGAAAAGAAUGCCAUGGAGAGCAUCAACCUCUGUGAGCUCUGUGUCUGCAGAGACGAGACACUGUCCUGUACUGGUCUCAGCCCAGAGCAGAGGCUCCGCCGAGUGCCUGUGCUAGAGCCCAAGACCUACAACAGCACCUUCGCCAUCGUAAAUUUCCAAGGAAACGCUAUAUCUUCCAUUGAUAAGCAUGCGUGGGAAGCAUACCGCUGGACUGAGAAACUAAUUCUCAGUGAAAAUCAUUUGACUGAAUUACAUAAGGAUUCAUUUGAAGGCCUGCUGUCCCUCCAGCAUCUAGAUCUAUCCUGUAAUAAAAUACAGGCCAUUGAAAGACGCACAUUUGAAGCGCUGCCUUUUUUGAAGUCUCUAAAUCUUCGUUGCAACUUAAUCAGUGAAGUGAGCUUUGGAACAUUUCAGGCGUGGCACAGGUUUCAAUUUCUAAAUGAGUUAAUUCUCAAUCAUAAUCCUCUGACUACUGUUGAAGAUUCACAUCUUUUUAAAUUACCAGCAUUAAAAUAUCUAGACAUGGGAGCAACACAAGUGUCACUUACAACAAUUGAGAACACCAUCCUGAUGACUCUUGAAUUGGAAAAACUGAUUUUACCUCGCCAUUUGGCCUGCUGCCUCUGCAAACUUAAAAAUAAUAUUGAGGUUGUCUGCAAGACAGUCAAGCUGCAUUGUGACAGUACAUGUCUGACAAGCACCACACAUUGCCGUGAAGAGGCAUCUAUGAGAAAUCCUAAAGGAGCUUUCAUGAAGAUGUUAAAAGCUCGGAAGAAGAACACAAGCACUGAGCUGACGAUUGAGCCAGAGAAGGCAUCUUCAGACAAAACUGGCAUAAACUGGGCAAAUAUGAAUGGUGAUCAAUUUGAACUUCAGCUAAACCAGCACCUACAAUCCCUCAUGUCCAACAAUAACAUGAGAAGGCUCAUUUCUCAUGUUCUCCGGACUUUGAAAAUGGACUGCUCUGAGCCCCACACACAAAUGGCUUGUGCCAAGCUCAUCUCCAGAACAGGCCUCCUGAUGAAGCUUUUCAGUGAGCAGCAGGAAGCAAAGGCGUCCAAGGCAGAAUGGGAUCCAGACCAAUGGAAAACUGAGAACUACAUCAAUGAGAGCCCAGAAGCCCAGGGUGAACAGAAAGACCAGGAGUCACCUGAGCUCACUAAAUAUGUUCCAGGAUAUGGCCAUGACAACAAACUCAUCUUGGCAAUAUCUGUGACUGUCGUAGUGAUCAUUUUGAUUAUAAUUUUCUGUCUCAUUGAGAUUUAUUGUCAUAGAAAAGUACAAGAAGGAUCCCCAAGGGCGCUCCCUGAAUCAGCCCGAACAGAGGACUCCGUGUACAUAGAUAUGCCUGACGAGGGAGAGGAAAGCGAGGUGUCCGAGGGGAACACAGAGUGA